AUGAUGUCUGUCUGCUCUGUCCUGUAUACUCUAGUGCUGUUCUCUGAGCUGAGCAGCCAUUUGGUAACCGUAGCCAUGCCUGCAACCAAAGUAGAAGAUGGCAUAACAGAGCAAGAUGGUCUGGGUUUGUUCCUGGGGGACGAACCCAUGACGGAGCCUGCUGUGGUUCCCCCCGUGUACAGACGAAACCGUGUGCUGGACAACAACGUGAGUGAUGAAGAUGGAAGCCCUAAAAUGAUCAUCGUCUCAGACAUGAGGCUGAAAGGACACAGUAUUCGUGGGCUGGACCCGGCCUUCACUCGGAGCCUUCCUCUGCUCACAGACAGGAGCUUGAACCGCACUCCCGCUGAGCACAGUUUCAAAAUUGCUCGUAGAAACACUGACCUGGACAUGCUGCGGUGUAUGAUAGGAAGAGUGUACCGACCCUGCUGGGAAGUAUAAAUGUUUCCCAAUGCUGCAAGCACCCCCUCCCUUGAAUGUGC